UGUGAUGGUCACACUUCGGCAUUUAAUGUAAAUAUUACCACGCCGUUUAAAGAGAUUCCAUUAUAUUUGUAAAUAAUGUCCCAAGGAAACAAUGACGAUUGUAAAGGCUUGCCGAUUGGUUUCACCCUGGACCAACGACUGCAGGAUGACAAAAAUAUGCAAGGAAUUUUAAAAACCUUUUACAGUGCCAUUGAAGUAUUGGAGGCUGACCUAAAAAAAGCACUUGCACUUCAAGAAAAACGCAAUUUACCCCUAAAUGAGCAAAUUAAACUGGAUAGUUACUUAGCAUAUUUAACCAGCACAUUGUUUUGGAUACACUUAAAAUUACAGGGAGUCGAUGUCUCAAAGCACGGAGUGUUGCACGACUUGGCCCGUGCCAAAGAGUUACUUGCCCGCGAUAAGGAAAUAAACGCUUCGCUCGCGGCUCCAAGAUUGGACAUGCCGGCUGCCAAGCGCUUUAUUGCCGCUGGAACCCAUACCCGAUUUGUCGACAUGGACGGAGUUAUGGUCACCGAAAAGCAGUAUAACCAAAGUCUGAAAAAAGCUGCCCAAUAAAAGUAUCAAAUUUAAAAAUA